GAGGCUGGAGCUGGUGUGAGAUUUCACUCGUCGCUGUGUUCUUUGUGCAGCUCGGUGUGCGCUUUCAUGCGGGAGUAGUCGGAGCAGAGGUCAGCACGGCAGCGGGGCGCACCGGGAGAUAAGAGGCAACAGGAAACCUGCUGAAAGUUUUACAUGAUCCACAGCUCACAGUGUCGGGUGUACCGGGUGGCGCAGGUCCUGGUGGGAUUGAUUUUCGCAGGAUGAGAGCCGCCAGGGGACCCGCGCACCAGGGACAUCCAGGGUGCCGGUAGUGCGCAAACCCACCGGGGGAGCGGCGGCGGGUGGACGGGCUCCUACUGAUGACAAAGCGGGCGAUCCGACCGAUGAGUAACUCGGGAGCACGUUUCCCCCGGGAGCCAAGAUGAUCGCGGCGUUUUUCCCCUUGAAGAAACUGCGGCGAAAUGGCAGAUAUCUUCUGUUUGGGGCGAUUCUGCUGGUCGGAGCUGUGGCCGUUUACCAUGAGAUGGUUGCAGCCAAAGCAUGGAGCAGUGACAUCGGUAUGAGUCCCGAUGCUGCUGGCAGCAACUGGAGGAGAGCCAUGUUGGAUGAAAGGGUGAGACGGGACCAUCAACCAGAUGCUGCGGCAGAUUUAGCUGCUUGGAUCUCCAGCUACAGUCCACAAACCUGGAAACCAGAGUAUAAGGGCCAGGCCAAUCUGCAUGUCUUUGAGGACUGGUGUGGCAGUUCUACAGCUGACCUGCGCAAGAACCUGCACUACCCGCUGUAUCCCCAUUCCAGGACGACAGUGCAGAAACUGGCCGUCUCUCCUCAGUGGACCAACUAUGGACUAAGGAUAUUUGGUUACUUACAUCCAUAUACUGAUGGAGAGUUUGUGUUUGCGUUGAGCUCUGAUGAUAACUCUGAAUUGUGGCUCAGCACAGACGACUCUCCACUCAACUUGCAGUUGUUGUCAUGGGUUGGAAAGACUGGCACAGAGUGGACAGCCCCGGGCGAGUUCGACAAAUAUGCCAGUCAGACCUCCAGACCUGUUAGGCUGUCUGCUCAGAGGAGGUACUUUUUUGAAGUUAUCCACAAGCAAAACAACAAAGGGACUGACCAUGUGGAAGUGGCAUGGCAGCUCCUGGACCAGGACUCUAGGUUUAUGAUUGUUGAAUCCAAGCACAUCUCCCUCUAUGUUAAUGAGUCUGCCUUGUUAAUGAGUGACGUGGGCCACAUACCACAGACAGCUGCAAGCCACCAACACGCCCCCACAAAGCACAGCCAUGCAGCAGACAUGCUAAGUGAAGAUCCGAGAGACACGUUCUACCAAGUUCCUCUCAUAAACAGCAAGUUCCUGCAAGGUGUUCUGCCUGACUGCUCGUACAAUCCCAGCUACACAAUCAAAGACUUUCCACUGCUUCGCUAUCAAGGACUGCAGUUUGUCCACAUGUCCUACAUCUAUCCAAAUGACUACACAAGACUCACACACAUGGAGACAGAGAAGAGCUGCUUCUACCCUGAGAGUCCUUACUACAUGAAGAUGUUUGGUUUCUCUAGAUACAUGAGACUAGACCGUCCAGGUGUGCAGGAAAGUGGAACUGCAGAUUUUGGCUUCCAGAGGAAGAAAUCAGUCUUAGAUGAGGAGUAUGGCAAUGAGGCCUAUGAACAAGAGAAGGAAAUCAAGCUGGACGAGAUAGACAACGCCCUUUUCCCAGACUAUGGCGAUGAUUAUGAUGAUUAUGCUCAGAAACGCCGGCGCAAACUCUUCUCCUUGGACAUCCAAGAAACAAACAACACAGUGGAGAACUCUUCUGAUACAAGACUGCACAUAGGGAAGAUGAAGAAGAGGCAGAGAAGAGACCAAGUGACUCAGCCAGUGGCAAAAGAACCAACUGUGCCUCCACAGUCAGUGCCAACGCAAACUUCAGAACAUCACCUGCAACAAACCUGGACACGGUUAAAACAAGAACGCCCAAUUACAAACAAACUUCAGAUAAAGGCAAAAGUAAAAUCGAGAGCAGCACAGAGACAAAAGGUAAAAUCGGCUGUGAGACCAGAACAGAAUAAUCCACUGAUACCAGUUAAAGAAAUGCAGCUUAAAGCAAGGCGAGUUGUCCCAUCAGAGCAACACAGAGACACUCCUCUGCCUGAAAAGCCCACAGUGGCCAAGCAGCGAAAGUUUGUAACCAGAGAGAAAGAGCUGCAGCCAGCCAUCUCCAAGCAUUUAACCACUCAGAAGAGAGACAUCAAACGGCCUUUAGUCAUGUCAAAUCAAAGGAAUGCAGAUGGCAGAAAAAGCCUCAGGGAUAGAGAGAUAGAGAUGAAUAUGCCUCUGCAGCAAGAUUUAGAAAACAGCAUCCAAAGAGUUAAGACGAUUCCUAGAGAGAAGACGCGCAAAAAGUGGUCAGACGUGGAAGGAGAAGUCGGGGAGGAGGACGAGGUUCACGACAGGGCUGAGAACCAGAGAAGCACCAGGCGGAAUGAGGGAGACUCUCUGUGGGGACCAGGAAAGGAAUUUGACGGUGCUGAUGAUGAGGAUCAAACCCCUGCUCCGGUGUUCGACACUCAGGUCAGCUGGAACCAAACCUUCCAGGUCAGCCAUCUGGAUCUGCAGGCGCAGCGUUCCGAUUGGAUCGACCUGCGAUGCAACAUCUCUGGAAACCUCCUGCUCCACUCUAGUGAUGCUUUACCCAUCGUUGAAGCUUUUAUGGAGCAGCUGAAUGAAAAGCACCACGGGCAGUUUACGUUGGUGCGAGUGGUUAACGUGGUGAAGCGUGUGGACGGGGUCCAGGGUAGCCGCUAUCUUUUGGAGCUGGAGGUGAAAGAUGCGAAUGGCCAGUUGCUGCGUCUGUCGCGCUACAUCUACGCUCUGAUUCGCCGCAGCAGGCGCAGCUUCAGCUUCCAACGGUCGAAACCUCAGCUGGUGCUGUGCAACCCGGUGGGCUUCCAGUGGAAUCCUGUUGCCACCGUCCACUUCAUAGUGCCAGUGAAAAAUCAGGCUCGGUGGGUGCAGCAGCUGAUUACUGACAUGGAGAGUCUCUUUAGAGAAACUGGUGACACCAACUUCAACCUCAUCAUCACCGACUACAACAGCACCGACAUGGACGUGAGGAAGGCUCUACAGAAAUCCUCACUCCCCAGGUACCAGUAUGUGAAGCUAAGUGGGAACUUUGAGCGCUCCGCUGGUCUACAAGCAGGUGUCGACCUCAUAAAUGACGACCACAGCAUUGUGUUUCUCUGUGACCUCCACAUCCACUUCCCUCCCUCAAUCAUUGAUACCAUCAGGAAGCACUGUGUGGAGGGAUACAUGGCCUUUGCUCCUAUUGUCUUGAGACUAGACUGCGGUACGACGCCGUUAGAGGCCAGAGGUUAUUGGGAGGUCAAUGGCUUUGGCUUGCUGGGGAUCUAUAAGUCAGAUCUGGACACAGUGGGAGGAAUGAAUACCAGGGAAUUCACAGACCGCUGGGGAGGAGAGGACUGGGAGCUCCUCGACAGGAUCCUCCAUGCAGGACUGGAAGUGGAAAGGAUCUACUUGAGGAACUUUUCCCAUCACUAUCACUCCAAACGAGGCAUGUGGAAUCGGCGAAUGUCAGAAGGACACAGGUGACCUUGUCACCUGCUGCUGCACCAUGACAUUGUCACGGUUACCACCAUGGCAACCAGAGCACUUUAAGGCCAGAGCUCGAUGCCUCCUAUGUAAUAGUAAUACCUGCUGACCGUCAGAGAGGGUGACAUGGGACUGGACACUGACUUCGUUCACUCAGGCUUUAGGAGACAGCUGGCUGCAGUGAAGGUCAUUGCUAAGGAGAUACUACUAAUAAGGUCAGAGUUAAUUUCACUGGAUAGGCUGUUGACUACUAAGAGGGUACUGGCUAAUGAACGCCGCUGACUGUGUGACUUUAUAUAUGAAGUUACUGCUGUGCACAAUGUUGCUGACCGAGACUAUGACCUGCACUAAAGGCUGUAAGGAAGUGACCUGAUCCAAAGACACAACUGGACUCCUAAGUGACAGUCAACACUUCUGGACGUAAACACACAAAUGUCCUAUUUCAUAAACAUCACAAGCCUUGCACAUGAGUCUUAACUGGGGAAAACAAUGUUUUUUUUUCUUUGUCACAAAAUAGAAAUACGUGUAGUUGUCAUUGUAGAUUGUGUGUAAGGUAAACACAGCCUUAUUUGUCAUGUUGUAAAUUACAGAAAAAAAUCUAUUUAUUAAAUAAAUGUUUUUAGUUGUUUCUUUUUUUUUUUGCCUUUGUGUUAAUUUUUUUUCUCAAAACAGAUGUGUACCUCAGUUUACCUUUUGAGUGCCCUCCCGUUUGUUGGAAGCUAUAAUAAAUGUGUUUUCUGCUCUGCUGUAACUGUUAUUCAGGUACUAAGGGGUGUUUUUACAGAUGAGUCAGGAAAAAAAGUGAAAGAAAAUAAUAAUUUUUAAUCGCAUAUCAAAACAGGGCUAUGAUUCAGAUUUGUAAGCUAUUGUGUUUUGCCUUAAGCAGAGAAAGAAUGAUCCUAUGCCAGAAAUAUGAACUGAUGCAUUAUUGUGAGAGUAUGUUGCCUUAUUCUGCUUGCCCUCCCUGUACUACCACUCACCAAAGAAAGGAGGUCAAACUUAGGUAAAUGGAGGGACUUCUGCUUUUUUCCUGUGCUGAAAUGCAUGAUUAGUUUUUCAGCAUGACGGACUGUCAGGCAAAUCUGUUAAAAUGCAACACUGCGUUUUAGCAAUUAUUUUUAAAGCUAGCUAAUUUUCUUUUUGUUGCUCUCCCUGCUAUUCUUAAUUGUUCUUUAUUAAAAGAAACAAAACUUU